CUCGUUACAUACGAGAGUGGAAUAAUGGCGGCCGUUGCUCCACUCAGGAAGCUUCUCAGCAGGAAUUUAUGGGCACAAAAUAUUAAGCUUUUUAAUGCAUGCACCCAGACCAGAAAUAGAUGCCAAUUUAAAAUCAAGGCCAAGGUAACUAUCUCAUAAAGUGGUGUUGUGGCAACUUAGAAUAUUUAUGCAUGGCUUUGGCUUUAGGUUUUUUAAUUAGACUAAAAUCUGCCACCCAACAAAAAUAUUAAUAAAUAAUACGGACAAGAGCCAAUUUUGCACACAUCACAUAGCCAAAAGUAGGUAAAUUGAAAAGGAAACUGUUGUAUUAAGCAAUCUUCACAUAAAAAAAUGAAAGCAUAGUCUAGCUUUAGACUUAAGAACUUUUUGAGCUAUGGAUUUUUAAAGUGCAAGUUUUUAGUUUAGUCUUUAGUAUAGAUACUUUGUAGAUACUUCGAUAAAACAAGGGAGACUACUACUUUUUUUGUAUCGGAAAUGGGCGUCGGCGCCGAAAAAUCCGAGUUUUUAAUUUUCCGAUGUGUGUGUCUAUUUAUUAUUAAAUUAGUUAUUUGGACAUAUAUUUGAGUUCCGUUUCCGGCCUUAUAAUUUGGAAGACAUCUUGGCCUACAUUUCCAUCCAACUAUUUUGCUUUUUUCAAUCGAACUUCAUUUUGAAAAUCUUUGGUAUAUAUAAGGCAUCUUCAAAUACAAAAUUUUUUGUGAAAUAAAAGGAACAGGUCUUUCAUAUUAAAUCGUGUAAGGCAUUAGAUAUUGAUAUAUAUCUGUGCCAAUUCUCAUUGAUGUAGGUCGUGUCCCACGUUCGCUACGCUUCUCCCAGUGACCCAUAUCACCAUAAGGGGGCUCAGCCUUAUUUCGACAUGGCGUGGGCCACGCCCCCUUUUUAAUGGCGGAAGUUGCAGAUACUUAAGAAAUAUUUAAUUAUUACCACUAUAUACAUCAAAAUAUUUGAUAACUUGUGUUUCAGAAUGCAUUUUGAAGACAUUUAAACUGGAACUUUUUAAUUUGAGCUUUAAAAACCCUGUAGAGUCCAUAUUAUAAAUGAUCAGAAAUUUCCGUGUGCAACACGUUGUCAUUGGCAACCAAUCACAGCCACUUGCAUAACGGCUAUAUCGUAGUACUAUCUCAGAGUUUCAUUCAUAAGUGUUUGCCGUGUGCAAAAACUAUUAAACCAUUGGUCAGGGAAAGCUUUAAUUAAUUAUUCAUGUGCCAAAGUUGAAAGUUUAAAAUAAAUCGACCCUAAACAGUAUUUUAGUGAUACGGGAAUGCCUUAGCCUUAUAUAAACUAUAUAGUCAUUGCGCAUGACGUGAUCGGCGGAAUGAGGUCACAGAAUGUGGAGAUGCAGUCCAUGUUAAAAAAGGACAAACCAAGUCGUACUUAAAAAAUUCAUAACUUUAAAACUACAACAGCUAAAAAUAUAAUUUUGGUGUUAUAAUUAUGUAAAAAUUUAGCUCUAUUCAACUAUGCCAUUGGUUUAUUUUUACAAAAUGUUUAAAUUUUUGACCAAAGUAUCUAUACUUUGGUCAAAAAUUUAAACAUUUGGUAAAAGUGCAGUUCAGGUGCGUAUAUUAUUUCUUAGCGCAUUUCGUAUUUAAAAAUUUUUGUAUCAUGUAAACUUACGUGUAUUCUUUAAUAAUUAAAUCCAGGCAGUUAUAGUUAACUAAUUCUGGAUUAUAAAUCGCAUCUUUUCUUUUUAUUUUACUUCUAAAGAGUCUUUAAACAUCCCCCAACCAAAGUGACAGGGCCCCCAUUUGUUUGUAUUUUUCUUUUUUACGCUAUGCCAGAUUUUUAGCCACCUAUAAGUUAGUAAUGCUAAACGAAAUUUUCAAACUAAGCAUGUUCACAAAAAAGAUUGAAAUACUAGAUUCUUCAUUACGCACAAGCACACCCCCCAGGACGACCAAGAAACAAUAACUAAAAUUGUUGAUGCAACAGGCAUUUUUAAUGGUGCAGCAUUUGGUUUAUACGCGCACCUUGUGUGGCAACAAAUAACGUUAAUACAACUGGAAUUUCUCCUAAGGCGCUCGUAACAAUUGCAAUGUGGCUUGUAAGCUGGGUUCGUAUGUCAAGUGUGUGAGCUCCCCAUAAUUACCGGGAUCUGCAUAUCACCCGAAACAGGAUCUCACCGUAACCGGUAUCCCGCCAGGAUCGGUAACCCACUGGAUCGGGAUCCCACCGGGAUCAGGAUCUCACUAGGAUCAAAAUCCUAUCGGGAUCGGAAUCUCACCGAAACGGGAUCCCACCGGAUUGGGAUCUCAUUUAGUUUGGGAUACCACCGGAAACGUAUCUCACCGGGAUCGGUAUCUUACCGGGAUCGGGAUCCCACCAUGACCAGGAUUCUAUCGGAAUCACAUCGGGUUCGGGAUCCCAUCAUGAUCCUUCCGGGUGCCAUCGGAAAACGGGAAAAACGAAAGGUUUACAUAAGUUAUUUUAAUUGUUUUUAAUAGGAGACAAAUUAAUUAUUAUUAUUUUUACUAUAGUGUUGUUGUUUUGUUGUUGACAUUUCCUUUAAUAGCAAUGUGAACUAAAAGGACGUAGCAGAUGUUUUUGUCUGAAUGCAGCCCCGGGCGACUCCGGUUAUCGUUGAUAGUAAAGUUAUAAAAUAAAUACAUCUUUUAUUUUAACAAGAUUCAUCCAAUUGGGCAACUUUUAUAAAGUAUCUUUAAAGACAGAAGAGUUAUCCUUGAUUUACCACAAUGGCUCCGUAAAACACGAAAGAUUCAUAAAAAUUUACUUUUUUUAUCUCGUAAAAUUUGUUAAAUUGUUGUUGUAUUCCAAUAAAAAGAUGGUAUAUAACUUUUAAAAUACUUUUUAUAAAGAAUUAACAUAAGUUUACACGGGAAAAUAAGAGAUUCAAACAGAAAUAAUAUACGCACCUGAACUGCACUUUUACCAAACAUUUUAUAAAAAUAAACCAAUGGCACAGUUGAAUAGAGCUAAUUUUUUACAGAAUUAUAACACCAAAAUCAUAUUUUUAGCUGUUGUAGUUUUAAAGUUAUGAAUUUUUAAAGUACGAAUUGGUUUGUCCUUUUUUAACAUGGACUGCAUCUCCACAUUCUGUGACCUCAUUCCGCUGAUCGCGUCAUGCGCAAUGACUAUAUAGUUUAUAUAAGGCAACGCAUUCCCUUAUCACUAAAAUACUGUUUAGGGUCGACUUAUUUUAAACUUUCAACUUUGGCACAUGAAUAAUUAAUUAAAGCUUUCCCUGACCAAUGGUUUAAUAGCUUUUGCACACGGCAAACUCUUAUGAAUGAAACUCUGAGAUAGUACUACGAUAUAGCCGUUAUGCAAGUGGCUGUGAAUGGUUGCCAAUGACAACGUGUUGCACACGGAAAAUUCUGAUCAUUUAUAAUAUGGACUCUGCAGGGUUUUUAAAGCUCAAAUUAAAACAUUCCAGUUUAAAUGUCUUCAAAAUGCAUUCUGAAAUACAAAAUAUAAAAUAUUUUGAGGUAUAUAGUGGUAAUAAUUAAAUAUUUCCUAAGUAUCUGCAACUUCCGCCAUUAAAAAGGGGGCGUGGCCCACGCCAUGUUGAAAUUAGGCUGAGCCACCUAAUGGUGAUAUGGGUCACUGGGACAAGCGUAACAAACGUGAGACACGACCUACAUCAAUGAAACUUGGCACAGAUAUAGAUCAAUAUCUAAUGCUCAUACAGAUUUAAUCAAAAAGGGCCUUAUCUUAUUAUUUCACAAAAAAUUUUGUAUGCGAAGAUGCCUUAUAUAUAUCAAAGAUUUUCAAAAUAAAGGUCGAUUGAAAAAAGCAAAAUAGCUGGCUAGAAAUGUAGGCCAAGAUGUCUUCCAAAUUAUAAGGCCGGAAACGGAACUCAAAUAUAUGUGGAAAGAACUAAUUUAAUAAUAAAUAGACACACACAUCGGAAAAUUAAAAACUCAGAUUUUUCGGCGCAGACGCCCAUUUCCGAUACAAACAAAAUAGUAGUCUCCCGUGUUUCAUCGAAGUAUCUACUUUAGUAAGUUAGUUUUUAUAGUAAUGUUUUACUAUGGACUGCAAUUGCACCUCCACAUAGUUUUGACCAUAUUCCACUGAUAGAAUCAUGCGGGAUAACACUUGUUUAAAUAAUAAUUUAUACAACUUUUAUCAUCUUUUGGAUUAUCAUCAGGAUGAAACCUGUGGUAAAUUUUUGCAGUCCGCGCCACUUAUUUUUCUGUGAUUUUUGCCAUUUUCCCCCCACAGCCUCCAUCUUUUUUGCCAUGACGCAGACGUAUCACGACAAGAAAGGUGUCGUCUGUAAAAAAAAAAAAUGUAGUUCAAAAACACUUUUGAUUCUGUUUUUUUAACCUGACUGCUAAGUUAGUGUCCUAACCUAGACUAGGUGCUUGGAUAAAAAAUUAAAAAUUAAAAUAAUAUUAAUAUUAUAGUUUUCAAGAGCAAAUUUCAAAGAAAAAAAUGAAAAAGAAUCAACUUUUUACAUUAGUACUUUUUGUUCUCCGGAUUUUUAAAGUUCAAGUUCUUUUGGUAUUUUCUACUAUGGACUAUACCUCCAUAUUUUGUGACCCCAUUCCGCUGAUCACGUGGUGCACAAUAAAUUUUAAUGAUACAUUUAUACAACUUUUAUCUCAAGAUUUAAUUCUGUAUUAAAAAGUAAUUUUAAUAAUGUUAUGCAAUUAUAAAUGAAUUGUAACUUAUCUAACUAUGCAUUAUGUAUAUUGUUAAUUUUAAUAAAAUUAUAUAUUAAUCUAUGGCUUUUCUGUUUAUGGCUUCCUUUUACUGGUAUGUACUAUACAGUCCAAAUAAGGCAUCGCAUCCCCUUAUUGCUAAAAUACUGUUUAGGGAAUACUUAUUUUUAACUUUCAACUUUAGCACAUGACUAAUUAAUUAAAGCUCUCCCUGACAAAUGGUUCAAUAGUUUUUGCAUACUGCAAGUUAUGAUACUUUAUAAUAUGGGCUGUACCGGAUUUUGAAAACUCUAAUUAAGAUAUUCUUGUUUAAAUGCCUUCUAAUUUGCCUCUAAAUCACAAGUUAUCCAAAUAUUUUGAUGUAAAUAGUGGUAAUAAUUGAGUAUUUCUUAAGUCUUAAGUAUCGGAAUCUUCCACCAUAAAAAGGGGGCGUGUUUGGGCAUGGUCCAUAUUGGGCUGAGUGGCCUUAUGGUAAUUUAGGUCAGAUAUGACCUACAUCAAUGAGAAUAGGCAUACAUACUCAUCAAUAUAUAAUGUUUUUUAGAAUUUAAUAUGAAAGACAUAAUUAAAUUUCUUCAAAAACUUUUUUAGGGAAAAGUGCCUUAUGAGUUUUUAAAACUAAGGUCGAUCAAACAAGGCAAAACAGUAUGUUGGAAUGUAGGUCAAGAUCUCCCCAUUGUGAAUUUAUGGAACGAUACCACAGUUUUAUGACAAAAGAGUCCUUUUAUUAAUGGAAAAGCACCAAUGUCCACAAAUUAAAAACUUGGAUUUUUCUGCGCCAAUGCCCAUUUCCGAUACAAACUUUGAAGUAGUCUUCCUUGCUUCACUUAAGUACAUACUAACUCAAGUGUACAUUCCACCAUAAUAAACAUAAAUUUAGUUCCCCCUAAUUAGAGUGUAAAUUCACCCCCAAAUUUUAGAGAAAUCUCUUACUCACAUAACAUGAAUGCAAAGUCAGUAUCCCUAACUGAAGCGUUAAUUCCACAGUAAAUUUAGUCCCCCUAACGUAAGCAUAAAUCUUCAAACAUAAAAUCUAUGGCCUAAAGGGAAACCUAAACCAUGUGUUUGUGUGCUAAAAUUACAACACACUACUGUACUGAGAAAAUAAUCAAUUUGAAUAGAAAUAUUGAAAUUACUUUUAAAAUAUUCAAAAUAAUGAAAAUCCAAUUUACAGUUUUAUCGAAUACACUUUUAAACACUUUAUUGCAGGUUCCACCAAAAAUAAAUUCCAAAAGUUGUCAGAAAAAUCAAUACCCAUUUCAAAAUGCCGGCCUUGUUUUAAACAUUAUAAUUAACUAUCUUUAGACAGAGCCUUUUUGGAAUUCCUCUCCCAAAAUGACAGAGCCCUUUUAACAAGCCCUGCACUUACUUUGCAAAAAAAAAAAUAAAAAUAAAUUAAUUGCUUAAAAGAUAUAAAACAAUAUAUAUUCUUGUAGGGAAUUGAAUAAACUAUUACGAUCUUUAUCGAUCAAACUGAAAUCUAAACAUUUAUGCCAAUGAGAUAUCCUUAUUUGCAUAAUUUAUGCAAACAAUUGUUUUUUACACUUUGAAUAAAAUUGUCUUGCAGAAUUUUGUUAAAUUUUAUGAUUGAUCAAGUCUAAAUAAGUCUUAACCCAUAUGAGAAUUGGAUUCAGUGUGAAAAAAUGCAUAUAUUGUCCCCUGGAGCUCCGUAUGCCUUAGGCAAAUUUGAAGGGCACAUAUUUUUUAAGCAUUUAUAGGGGUCUCUCUAGAUUAAAAAAAAUGGUUAUAAAAUGACUGAACAUCGUAUAAUAUCAUAAUAAGCAGCCAUUAAAAUAGUGAGAUGAUCAAGAAUGGCAAGAAGCAAUCUGAUUAGCUGGUACUAAGACCAGCCGGCCACUCUUGACCUUGAGGCUUUUAUUAUUGGGCAGAUAAAUCUGCCAGCCAUCUCAAGAAGGUCAACUUACCCAAUGAAAUAUUAAUUUAAAACAUUCCUUUGGUACAUUAAUAAUUUUAAAAAAAGAAGUUAACUCUAGUAAAAAAUCCAAGAAUAAACAAAAGAGAGUCCUACACAAAAACUCAAAGUGGCGCAGAUUGCGUAAAUUGACAAAAACUGCACUUUUAAAAUUCCUAGCUCAAAAAAGUUGAUUCAGGAAAUAUUGGGUUAAUGGUAUGGGUUUUGCUAAGAGUUGUCUCACCCUGAGCGCAGUGACGUCACUUUGGGAAAUCCCAAUACUGGAUUAAAGCGUAAAGACCAAUUGUUGUACCUGAACAAUAUGUGUGAUAACUUCCCUUUCUUCACUGAGCAUUACUUGCUAUAAACUAAAUCUGACAAUUGAACGGUUAAUAUGAAGUAUAUUAAAAUAAAAAUUUCCUAUAAUAUUUACAUUAAUAAAACCAACAAAUUUCAAAAGAAAUGAAAAACAAAACGCAUACUUCAUGCCCCAAGACCCAACAUUGGUGAAACACAUACUUCAUGCCCCAAGACCAAACAUUGGUGAAACACAUACUUCAUGCCCCAAGACCCAACAUUGGUGAAACACAUACUUCAUGCCCCAAGACCCAACAUUGGUGAAACACAUACUUCAUGCCCCAAGACCCAACAUUGGUGAAACACAUACUUCAUGCCCCAAGACCCAACAUUGGUGAAACACACACUUCAUGCCCCAAGACCCAACAUUGGUGAAACACAUACUUCAUGCCCCAAGACCCAACAUUGGUGAAACACAUACUUCAUGCCCCAAGACCCAAUAUUGGUGAAACACAUACUUCAUGCCCCAAGACCCAACAUUGGUGAAACACAUACUUCAUGCCCCAAGACCAAACAUUGGUGAAAAAAAAAGACACUUGCUAAAGCGCUGUCUUUUGGGUAGUUGAACAUUGAAGUACCCAUGUACUCAAACUGUGGUAACACAAGAGAGACUACUACUUAAUUUGUAUUGGAAAUAGCUUAGGAAGUAUUAAAUUAUUUACACGAUAAGCACCAAAAUAUUUGAUAGCUUAUGUUUUAGAAUGAAUUUAGAGGGCAUUUAAACUAGAAUAGUUUCAUUUAAGUUUUAAAAACUUGGUAGAGUUCAUAUCAUAAGUUUCCAUGUGCAAAAUCUCAGAGUUUCAUUCAUAAGAGUUUGCCAUAUGCAAAUACUAUUAAACAAUUGGUUGGGGAAAGCUUUAAUUAAUUAAUUAGUCAUGUGCAAAAGUUGAAAGGUCCAAACAUUUCACCAUAAUUUUCCUCCGACUUUCAAUAAAAAUAAAAUAAUCUUCUGGGGAGGGGAGACUCAUUUUUUCUUUAAAGUUUGCAACAAAUGUAAUAUUUCUAUAAUUUUUGUAUUACUUUCCUAUUCUUAUAUUAUAUGCCAGCAAGACAUUGCUUAUUAUGUCAUGAACUAUUGAUUACUAAAACCUUUGAUUUAAUUUUAGGGUAAAAUGUGAUCAUCAAAGGAACCUAUUUAACCUAUCCAUAACAGUAUCACCAGAAAACAAAAUAAGGCAGGCAAAGGGUGUUGUUUGUUUCCAAGCUCACUGACUUUCUUAUUUGAACACAUAGCAAGCAGGUCACACUGAAGGAAUAGUCAUCAUGAUUGUAAACUACAUGUUAGGUGUCUAUAGUUGAGUGAAUCAUUGUUAUAAUCACCCACAAUUUUAUCACUAAAGAUAUAUAUAUAUACAUUACAUUUUACUUUUAUAACUAAAGUUGUCUCAUUCAUUUUGAUUAAUGGCGUUUCUCUUACUUAGAUCAUAAUGGUUGUGAGGCAGAUUAUUGCAAUACAUUCAAAUAAUUAUUUGCAGGCUUAGAGUGUAUGUUUUAUGUAGUAGAAAAUAGUGAGAUCAGGGGGUUCUUAACCUUUUGGCAACCAGCGCCCCCUCUUAAUUUCAAAACACUUCAAGCACCAGCAUCUCGAUAUUAAAACAUAUUUCCGGCACCAUCGACGAUGAAAAUUUGUCCAUCUUCUCUUUCAGUUGGUAGAUAUUAUGGUAAUCAUCUACAAUUCAAGUACAUUCUUUUUUUGUUAAACUGAGGAAGGCCUGAAGUUUAAACUUGCUCAGCUGUAGAUCGUCUGAUUUGAUAAAUGCUUCACCAUGCCACUUACAUACCAAGACAUUUCGUCUCUUUCAAUAAACUUAAGCCUUUUCACCCAUUUGUUUGUCUUCAAAUAAAUUGAUAAAUGGUAAAGAAGAAGAAAAAAAAGAUGUUUACUCUUACUUUAUUGGUCUCUUCAGAUUGUAUUUGGAUAUGGUCACCUCAAAAAUGAAUGUCUCCGUCCUUAUUGUACUCAAGUUUUAUACAAAACAGGUAAUUGCUUAUAACAUUUAAAAGACAUUUUUAGCGACUAUGAUUGUUAGUGUGCUUGUUUGAUUGUUAGUAAGAUGCAGGUUAGAUUUAGUUUUAUAGGUUUUUUUCCAUGAAAAAUCAUGAUAAUUAAAUAGUUUUUUUAAAAGAAAAAUUAGUUUGUUUUACUAUUUGUAAGAUUAUGUUGUAUAGUUUUAGCAGUGAUAAGAUAAAAUGAGAUAAGAUUCUUUUUAUUGAUACAAACAAAUGGAAAUGUUUUAUGAUUGCAUUAUAAAUUUUCAGCACAUAAAUAAGACAUUUAUAAUAAAAUUUCAAACAGUCAUUCAGUGAGUUCUCUUAGCCAAAUCGGGGAAUUAUUAGUUCUCAUUAAGAUGUGUUACUUUAGAGGGAGCACGCUAGUAAAUUCGUACAAAUUGGGGAACAAAAGAAUUUGUAUAUCUUUCAGUCCUCGCCCUGAUGGAAAGAAUUCAUCCCGAACGGGCCGAUCCUAAGUAUCUGUGUUGAAGAGGGUGGGAUUUAUCAUCCAAAAUGUGUUUAGUUUUACAAAAACAACUUUCUUCAAAUGAUGUGAAGGAUGUUUAGUUUGUGUUAUGUUCCUAGUUUUCUCAAUUAGUUGGUUUAUACUGUGUUUAAUAUCAGACGUUGAAUUCCCACACCGGCAGGUAAUACUGAAAUUAAGCAGGCUUCCAAUUGUUGCACUGUAGAACAAGUUAACGACUUGCUUGUUUACGCCGAAAUUUUACAGUUUUUUGAGACACAGUCUUUGGUUGAAUUUCUUAUACAGCAUUUGGCCGUGCUCAUGCCAUGUUAGCUUAUUAUUAAUUGUGACACCUAAGUACUUAUAUGCCUCCACUUUCUCUACACUUUGAUUUUUUAUGUUGAUCAAGUGAUGUUUGAAUAAAAUUUGUUAUGUAUACCCUAGUUAUAGUAGUGAUCAACCCUAGUAGAAAGUAGUGUGGACUGUAAAAAAAAGAUUCUAAAGUGUCGGCCAAGAGAUUUGGACAUUCAAUUGUUUUUAUUUCUUUGCUCAUUGAUGGGUUCCUGAGAUGUAUGAAACCACUAUUUUUCAGAUGUAACAGUUGAUUACAGAGAUGGGCUUCCAGUAGUAACCUUACCACUGCCUUCACGACGAGAGACAUGUGAAUUCACUCUCAAACCUAUAUCACAGACGGUUGGAGAUUUUGUUCAGUUUAUUAAGGAUGAGGAUGGUGGCAUUGACACUGUGAUGUUUUUUACAAAAGGUAACACCAUUUUUUUACAAUGUAUCAGUUUGUGUCUGGUCAAAAAAACUAUUCAAGUUAAAUUGUUUGAUGGCUUAUGAAUCAUCCAGCUUGAACAUACUCAUAUUUCAGUUGACCUCUGACAUGUCCAGAAGCAGAUGGAAUGUUUAGAAGCAGAUUGAAUGGACCAAUAACAUGUCCAGAAGCAGAUUGAAAGUGACCUCUGACAUGUCCAGAAGCAGACUGAAUUGACCUCUGAAAUGUCUAGAAGCAGAUGGAAUGUUUAGAAGCAGAUUGAAUUGACUUCUGUCAUGUCUAGAAGCCAUCUAGCAUUGUACAAGUCUUCAUGAGUACAAAAUUUUAAAAAUAAUAUAGGGAAAGCUGAAUUUUAGAAAGAAUGUGACUUAUUUUAAAAGUUUGUAAGUGCAGCUCCACUGUCACACCCCCACCCUCCUGGUGUUGCAGCUGGGUACACAUUAUAAUAACACAGUUGUUAAGGACACUGGUAAAUUACACUACAAAAUAAUUACCUCAAAGUAGUAAUUAUUAUUACAACUUGCUUUCCAUGUACUCUCUUACAUUGAAUCACAUGCUUAAACUUUUACAGAAGGCAGCAAGAUUGCCAAAUCCACCUCAAUCGAUGUCCUCAUGAGAUCUGACUUCCAGAUAAAAAUAAAUGAUCAAAAGUACUCCGUCAGCCCUCCUGUGAUCUGUAAGUUAAAGAUUUAUUCGAUCAAAAGUACUCAAUCUUCCUGUCAUCAGUAAGUUAGAGAUUUGUUGGAUCAAAAGUACUCAGUCAGCACUACUGUCAUCAGUAAGUUAGAGAUUUGUUAGAUCAAAAGUACUCAGUCAGCACUCCUGUCAUCAGGUAAGUUAGAGAUUUGUUAGAUCAAAAGUACUCAGUCAGCACUCCUGUCAUCAGUAAGUUAGAGGUUUGUUAGAGUCAGACCUCAAGGGAUCUGUAAGUUAGAAAUUCAAUAGAUAAAAGUACUCACUAGUAUGAAAAGAGUUCUGUUCAAAAUAUUACUUUUUAUAAACUAAAACAAUGAGUUCUAGCCGCUUUGAAGAAACCCUCAGUAUUUGAUUGCAUUACUAUUUCACACUUAUGCCAUUGCUUCGGUGUAUAGAAUUACAAAUAAAGUAGUGUUAUCAUUGAGACAAAAAUUUCAUUUGCUUUAGGCCCUAUUUCAAGUGAAGAUGCUCAGACCAUCACAGAUGUCAAACUCCUGAUUACCAAACUGUACACCACUCUGAAUGUCGAAAGUUACCAGCUUGAAAGAGAGAGGGAUUUAAGAAAACGCUUGGAAGAUCUCAAUGUACAGAUAGCACCUUUGGAAGCAGUAAGAGAAAUUAGUUUGAAUUAUCAUUGGCUCUUUCUCAUUUUUCCUUGAAUUUAUAUUAAAUAUUGUUUUGAUUGACAAUAAAAACAAAAGUCGCUUACUAUCCAUCUUCUAUCUGGACUUUUCACUGUUAAAAUUGGCAUAUUUAGUAUGAACUUAUAAAAAAAUAUGUCAGUUCAUUUGAUACGAAGCAGAGGACUGGGAUGAGUUCAGCACCUUGAAUUCUGGAUAGGUUUACACUAUUGUAGUCCUGUCUGUUGGCCCCGUGACCUUACCUUUGGGCUCAAGGUGUAGGUGAACUGUGGUAAAUUAUUUCAAUUUGGGUAAAAAAUGAAAUCUUGUGGGUAAUGAGGGCUCAUUAGACAUAAAAUCAUAUCAAAUAUGAGUUUCCUUAUCUUAGGGAUAACUAAAAUGGCCUCUUUUGAAUGAGGACCUUAUUUCAUUUUAAUUGAUAAACAGCAAGAACUUUGGCAUUGUUGAAUAUCUUUUUGUUAAUAAGACAUCUUUUAAAAGUUACAUUUUUUGUCAUUUUAAAUCUUCAAUGUUUAUUGAAAGGGGCUAGGCUCAAAAUGCAAUGUUUACAAGAGUUAUUAUAAAUUUGGCAUUUUUAUAAAAGACAACUUUUAUGGUAAUUUGGGAAAAUGUUAAUACAGGUCAAUAAAAUUUCAUGUGUGCUUAAAAUGCAUUAGACCAGGGUUCUCCAAACUACAGCCCUUGAGGUCAGUUCAUCCAGCCCGCAGACGGUACUUGAAUUUGCUUGAUAAAACAUAUGUUUACCCACAGAGAAGGAAAACUUGUUUUGGAUUUUACCGCUGCUAACCUGAUGUUGCGUUUCUGAAACCGAAGAACUUUGCCGCUGGUAUGGCAUCAGUGUUUGGAACAGCUUACAUCUGUGAGCUAACAUUUUCAAAAAUGAAGUAUGUGAGAUCAAAACAUUGAAUGAGGGAGAUUGAUAAACAUUUGAAAACAAUUCUUUUGUUUUGAAUGCAGCAAUUCCACACCAAACAUUGAUGAUAUCUUGAAAGCCAAACGUCAGUUGCACAAAUCUCACUAACCAUUUUUGCUGCUUAGUAUGUGAGAUUCCAAUAUGUGCGCACUAGGUCUGAUGUAACUAUAUUUAUGCUAACGUCGCCUUCUUUGAUAACUUUUUUAGCAAAUAAAUAUUUUGGUUGUCUUUGUUUUUUGUACAUUGCACGCCACUCACCCAUUAUUAACAUGGAAUACUAAACUUAGUUUUUCGCCAUUUUGUACAGAGCUUUCGUUCUGGCUUGAAAGUAUUGUACAAAAUUAUUAUCCGGCCCGCGCUGGUCAUUUUUUCCGCUAUCCGGCCUGCCGUGAAAAAAGUUUGGAGACUCCUCCCUUAGACUAAUGAAGUUUUUUUUUCUUCAAAAUUGAAAUCCUCAGCAAAGAUUUGUUAUUUAAUGCAACCAUAUUCUUUUAAAAAAUGGAAAUAAAUGUUGUACCAUUUUAAUAAAUUAUAAUUCAUUGCGUUUAUAGGUGAAGGGGGAGCACAUUAUUGCAAAUAUCCCAUAUUUCAGUGGCAUGCAUGAAGAAUGCUUGAAUGGACCUACGAGUUUAUCAACAUAUGGUUUCUAUUUUUGAUUUUUUUGCCACCUUAAUAUAAAGUAAGCUGGGAAAGGAGAAUCACAAGUUUAAGAUUUAGACCCAAACAGCAUUAAGUCAAAAUAUGAGCUGAUGCAUUUUAUGAGGAUAGCAAUGUCUCAAAGGCAUCAUUUGUUACACCAUAUAACAGAGUAUUAACGGUACAAAUGAUGAUACAUUCUCAGUUUUUCUAUCAUAUCAUCAAAUAAUUCCUUAGAGGAUUUUGCUUGAUUGAAUAAACGUUUUUCAUGCUGGAUGCUUUUUUUCAUCUGCACCUCAGCUUUGCUUCUUAUUACUUGAUCAAUUGUUCAGCACCUUGUUGUUCUACUGCCAUUCAUAUUACAACUGCUGCUGAUCAAUAAAUAUCUUUUUUGAGUUUGUACACUUCAUAUUGUUAACACCAUUUUGGAGUAAAAAUUGGGUUCCUUAAAUAAAGUGAAGCACUUGAAAUUGGUUUUCCUUUUUAUUGAAGUCAUCAUGUGCAAUUUUAGAUUUGAUCAUUACAUGUGCUAAUUCUCUUUCCUCAGAAAACAACAGUGUUAUGUAAUAAGGCAGGAACAAAUACCAAUCGUUUAUCAUGGUUAGGGCUCGGCCUCAUGAGCUUACAGUUUGGAAUACUGGCUAGACUUACAUGGUGGGAGUAUUCUUGGGAUAUAAUGGAGCCUGUUACAUAUUUUGUCACCUAUGGUACAUCCAUGGCCAUGUUUGCAUAUUUUCUGCUUACCAAGCAGGUUAGUACAAUUGUUGGUUUUAUUCUAUUUUUGUUCCAUUUUUGCAUCAAUUUAUUUUGGAUAUUCCAUUAUUUUAAAUGCAGUCCUUGACAUGUCCACCGAUAUAGCUUUCAUCUUUCUCUUAUAAUGAAGAAAAUUAUUUUCCAUGCCUUGCCAAACAUACUUUCUGGCGUAGAUUCUCUCAUAUUCCUGAUUAAAUGGGCAAAAUGUUAUCAGAAAUUUAUGUGUUGUUUUUUUUUAAAAAAUGAUAAUAUAACAUGAAAAAUUCAUUAUUAAGUUUCUAUUAAGUAUAAAUUGAUUAAAAUUUAAUUAUAAUUUUGAAAAAACAGUUACUUAGAGAAUAACGUGUUAAUUUAACAAUCUGAGGUUGACUAUCAGUACAUUUUCACAAGUUAUCUGGCAUCACCAUGUUGUCGGCUUUAGUCUUAUCUACUGAUGUAGCAGUAUCAAUGUUUCAAGUUUGUUCGGAAAUAUUAAGAAUGUUGAUCUUUUGGAUCAUCUCAACUGUCUUGGAAAGUUUUUGAUUGUUUGAUCAUCUCAACUGUCUUGGAAAAACUCUAGUGACUUUUUAAUGAAAGAAUUUACAAACAUCCAGUUAAUCAUUCUGAAGAGAGCAGUAGUUGAUUUUAGCAUAUGAAUGGGUGUCAUUUUAGUUGCACGGCACUCCCUACAAGCCUCGUACGUUACACAUCGCCAUCUGAAAACAGAAAUGUUGGACUUUUGGAGGACGUAAAUCGGCAUUAGUUAAUACAAGCGUACGCUUCAUCAGUUAAUACAAGCAGACAAAUAAUUUCUUUCCUUCCUUUAUUUACAGGAGUAUGUUUUUCCUGACGUGAAAGAUCGACAGUUUCUUAUUAAAUUUCACAAGCUGGCAGACAAAGAGAAGUUGGAUGUUGAACACUACAACAAGCUUCGUGAAGAAAUCAGCCAGGCUGAACAUGAUCUUCGCAGGCUCAGAGAUCCACUUCAGCUCCACCUUCCCAUCAGAGAAUUGGAGAAAAUUGUCAACAAAGAAUAGUCUACAAUCAAAGAAUGCUUUUUUUAAAAUGAUAUCAUGAAACUCGUCUUUUCAAGCUUUUACAUUUGGUAUGGUAGUUCGGCUAGUUUUAUAGAAAGAGGUAAAUUUUGUCAACGGAAUGACCUGCAGCUAAUACUUUGUGACCUGCAGCCAAUACUUUGGUAUGAGGACAUCAACACAUACAAUAAAUGGCACACCAAAACAGCUGAGUCUUUUUUUUUUCAGGUGUUCAAAGAAUGUCCAUAGUCCUAACAGUGCUCUAUCAUUUUAACAUGCCUGAGAAAGAUUAAAAAGUCUAUAUGUCAUUUUUCACAGUUAAUAAUGCACUUUUUACAAGUGUUUCAUUAGGUGGUAUUGAUUAAUGGCCGUAUAUAUUUAUAUAUAGAGAGAAAAAAACAAAUAAUUAUAAACCAUGUUUAAAUAUUAGCCACCCUAAAUAAUAAUUAUUAAGCCAAUAUAGUCAUUCAAUACAACAAUUAUCCAUUGACUAUUUGAUUUCUAUAAUUAGUACUCAAGCUGUCGGGUGUUCCUAAGGGUUUACACGUGUCUCUUUGAUGUCAUCAUUCUCUCGCUUUUUUAUUGUGUGAAAACAACAGUAUAUUUUAAACCUGUAUCUUAUCCCCUUAUUAUUGCUAUGUUUUUAGUUAGUAUUUUUCAGUUUAUUUGAAUUUGAUCAGACAUUGUAGUAAGUAAUAUACUCCAAGAUCAACUCUCUUGUGGUGGUGAACAAUUAUGUUAUUGCCUUAUCACUCAUCAAAUGGUUUUUUGUGUAUAAAAUACAUGGAAAGAUGUUAAGUGUAUGAUGAGGGUUUACUUUACAAAUUUAUGUCCCGAAUUAUGUUAAACUCUAUACGAGCGAUUUGUUUUUUAUUGAGAAAAAAAGAAAGGCGUUUGUUUAUGUGGAUUAUCUUACAUGUUAGUUCCUAUUAACUGUCUGUCUUUAUUGUAGCUGUCUUUAUUGUAGCAUAUUUGUUGAUUGUAAUUUAAGUAAAAAGUUCAGUGAAAGUGCUCAUAUUUUACAGAGUAUUAAAGGUACAAAUGAUGAUACGUUCACAGUUUGUCCAUCAUAUCAUCAAAUAAUUCCUUAGAGAAUUUUGCUCGAUUGAAUAAACGUUUUUCAUGCUGGAUGCUUUUUUUCAUCUGCACCUCAGCUUUGCUUCUUAUUACUUGAUCAAUUGUUCAGCACCUUGUUGUUCUACUGCCAUUCAUAUUACAACUGCUGCUGAUGAGUACUUGCUUCAAAACUUAAUUUUUGACAUGUGAACAUGGGAUAAGUUGAGGAACACUGUGAAGGCCAUCCGCCACUGGCACAAUCAGUGCCGCUAAUUAAUUUUUUGUGUAAAAAAUCAUGCUGCGUCAUAGUAAACUUGCCACUAGUAUGGAAAAUUAGUGUCUAGAUGCAAGUCUCAUUUUUCUUGUUUGUGAACCAUGUAUCAUUGGGGGGGGAGGGGGGGUAGUUAUUAAGCUUCAAAAUAACUUUUAAAAUUAUGAGUCAUUUUCUCAUAGGAUUUAAAACAAAUUUUUUAAAAUCUUUUUUAUUUCUAUGUGUAUUUCAUAUUUUUGUGUUCCAAUCUCCUAUUUGACUAUCUCAUAGAAUCUGUCAUUUCCAUAAAUAAUGAAACUUUUACUUUAACUCUCAAUGAAUAGAAUCAGUCAGUUCCAUAAAUAUUGACACUUAUACUUAUCUUUAAACACUCUACAAUUAUACUCAAAUACUGGUACAUUAUUUCAACUAUUUAUUCAAUGGAAAAAUGUUCAGGUGUGGAUUUAUGCUGUCGGCUAUUGUCAGCCAAAAGUUCCUGAGUGACUAACAGCAUUCCACAGUAGUUAAUGAAUUAUAGAAUACAAGACUGUCAUUCUGUGAACUGAUGAUAGGACAGUGGCAGUCUGUGAACUGACUUUAGGACAGUGCCAGUCUGUGAACUGAUUGAAGCAUGUAAUUUUAAUGGUCUCCUCUUUCUUAAGUUGUCAACUCAUGAUGUCAUUAAGACUUAAAACUGCUGCAUUUAGAUAAAAAAUGUUGCCUUUAUUUUUUAUUUAAAAAAAAAAAAGCUUUACUGUUACCCUAAGAAAAGAUAACGUGCUUGUGUUGUUGUAAAAUGUUUUUUUUUCUCAACAGUCCUCAUAAGCUUGGCAUUGAAUCUCUAAUUAAAGAUAGGACAGACAGCACUGCACACACAAUGGACUGUGCAAGGUUAAAUAGAAAUAAACAUGUUUCACCAAUAUGUGGUGCCAGAGAAUCAAUCUUUAAACAUUACCAAGUUAAGUUGUGCCACCCACAACUCUUAAUGGUCUGAUUUAAAAAAAUUUAAUUGAAACUGAUUUCAGGGAGUAUAAACAAAUAAUCCAGUUUUAAUAUCAUUGAAUGCUGCUCUCUUAAGACAUCCAAGUCCUAGUGACUCACAGCUCAGUGGCUGGAAAAUUGAUUUUUUUAAAUACAAAAGAAUAACUUUGUUCCACAUAGUUCUAAAUUAAUUUAAGUCAACUUAGUCAUAUACUCAAUGAAACGCAAACAAAAUAAAUUGGUAUUAAAAUAUAUUCUUUUCAAAUAUCAUCAACUGAGUGCUUCUAGGAUUAAUUAUUUGCUACUAAAAUUUAUUUUGAGCAUAAUUAAAUUCACUAAAUGCCUUCAAAUAAGAUCACUUGCAUUCAUCUUUAUUUUUUGUUUUAAAAAUAUCUUUUUACAAUAAUCUUGGUGAAAUCAUUUGUUUUUUAAACAAUUUGUUUUACUUUAUGUGUGCCUUUUGUAUGUUCUUUCAAUAACUGACAGCGUGAUGUGGCACUAGUAAGAGUGGCCACAAGUUGGAUAUUGCAGCUUGAUUCAGUGACUGACUGCGUGAUGUGGCACUAGUAAGAGUGGCCACGAGUUGGAUAUUGUAGCUUGAUUCCGUAACUCAUUUGUGAUCUGUCACUUGAGUUGGAUGUAUCCGCUUGAUUCAAUAACUGACGUCUUGAUGUGUCACUUGAGUGGGAUGUUGUAGCUUGAUUCAAUAACUGACAAAAUGAUGUGUCACUUGCAAGGGAUGUUGUAGCUGGAUAGUCUUCUCUUGUUUUGAAUUAUUAUUUCCUGAUUUUGUCACUAUUUAUUAGAUCUCGUUAUUAAAUCAAUUGUUGGGACUGGGUCUUGCGCACUUCAUCUUGAUCAAUAUCUUUAUAGAAACAAUUUAUUGGUAACUCUACAGGGUAAACAUUUUCAAUGGUAAAAUCAACAUUGUUACACAUUUAGUAGUUUUAUUUUUGGAAAGUGUUGGAGUGUAAGAAAAUGUCAUUCUUGUUACUUUUCAACUGUACUGUUAUUGGUCAUGAUAAUGGAUUGAGUUUCUUAGAAAUCAGGCAAUAGCUAUCAACAGAAACGGCAUUAAUAAAAAUGUGACGCUGCCAUAAAACAUUGUUAUUUUACUUGAAAAUCAUUUCAAAUAAUUAGUUAUAAUCCACCAUUGGGUAGACUGUUCCUAUCAUUGAAUUUUCUUUUGUACAGGCUUAAUGAUUUAUGCCAUCGUUGUUGGACUGAAAUAUAUUUUUGAAAUUAAAUUAUUAAUGAAGUAGUGUAAACAAAUAAAUAGUUAAAAUAACCUAGAACUUGUUUGUAGUAAAAAUUUCAAGUUUUUAGAAAAUCUGGAGAAACCAUUGAAUCCUUUCCUCUUUAUCUGACGUAGUCAUCUGUUAAUUAAUGCUAAAGAGAUCAACAGUAACCAUAACUCAGUUUUGGACAAAUGUGACCUCUUUUUAAAAAAAACUCUUCUUAUUUAUAAUUAUUAUAAAACAACGUACUAUACGAUGACAACAAAAAUUAAGGAUUUGUUUUAACACAACCAGGUUAAGAUGACCUAAUUGCUAUUGUACCUGUACUAGUAGCAUCUCUAAUGGUGCCUUCCAAUUAAGUAGAAUUAUGCGAAAUUAAUUUCAGGCCUUGUCAAAAAGCAUCAAAAAAGUUUCUGGGGAGUGGCUCACUCUACCUCCUCUUUCCAUUCCCUCCUCCCCACACUUUGGGAGCCCUUGGCCCCCCUAUAUUCCCGCCCCUGCGCUGAUGAAUGUUCACCAAAUGUCUUGAUUAAGCCAAAUUAAAGUUGGCCUAAAAUUUGAGUUGUCUCUUUCUUUUAAAGUGGAAUAGUUCAAAUAAAUUUUUAAAUUAAAAUUUAAUUGACCCAGUCCCCAGUUAACUUGAGUGGCCAGUUUUUAAAUUUCAGUUCUACAGAUAAGUAGAUAUCAACUCUAGAGAGUAUUAGAUAUCAACUCUAUAGAGUUGCUUGUAAAAUUUUGAAAUUAUUUUGAGCUUUCUUUAUAUCAACUGACUUUAUAUUCCAUUAUUGUUAGUAAUAUUGUAGAAAUGAAGUGUAUUUAGUAUAGACAAAGUUAACAAGAGAAUAUAAGUAGAAAUGAAGGGUAUUUAGUACAGACAAAUUUAACAAGAAAAUAUAAGUAGAAGUGAAGGGUAUUUAGUACAGACAAAGUUAACAAGAGAAUAUAAGUAGAAACGAAGGGUAUUUAGUACAGACAAAGUUAACAAGAGAAUAUAAGUAGAAAUGAAGGGUAUUUAGUACAGACAAAGUUAACAAGAGAAUAUAAGUAGAAAUGAAGGGUAUUUAGUACAGACAAAGUUAGCAAGAGAAUAUAAGUAGAAAUGAAGUGUAUUUAGUACAGACAAAGUUAACAAGAAAAUAUAAGUAGAAAUGAAGGGUAUUUAGUACAGACAAAGUUAACAAGAGAAUAUAAAAAUGUCUAGCUUAAAACAUUGUUAGGGCAUUGCAAACACCAAGAAUCGAAUGAUGUUGAUGAAAAUGUUCACUAAAUGAAAAUGUUCACUAGUUUUACAGUGACUAGCAUGAAGUUAUCCAUAGUUGAUUUGACAUUUAGCCAUAUGUUGUAUACGGUAGCAAAGAAAUGCUUUAGUUGCAGUCGAUACAUCAUUAUGGCUCUAUGUUACUACCUGUGGAUUUUGAUUUAUGUCUGUAUAAGAGCUAUGUUUCUACCUUUUGGAUUUUGAUUGAUGUCUGAAUAAGAGCUACAUUACUACCUGUGGAUUUUGAUUGAUUUUCUGUCUAUAAGAGCUUACGUCAGUGAUUUGUCAAUUCGGUUUGUUAUAUUUCAGUGCUCUGAGCUCUUGUGUGUCUCCGUGCUGAGUAUUGUACUUCUAUCUUCUCAUUUUUGGCACCAAAAGAUGAUGCUUGCACGUUUUAUUUUUGCUCUGUAGUGUAAUGUGUGAUACAUCAUCAUGAAUUGCUUAAUAUAAAUUGUCCAAAAACAUACAUACAAAUUAGGACAUAACUUAUUGCCAACAUUUAAAAUAGAGUUCAAAAUAUCUACAUUGAACAUACUAAUGUGUCUUGCAGCCACACUCAAUGACUUUGUAAAAGAGCCAUUGUUAGGAUGAACCCCUCUAGGCUGAGUCUGAACAUUUCUUUCUGUUACCCUGCCACCUUGUCUAUGAUUUCAUUGGGUGUCUCCCAGAGCUUCUUUACUUGACCAAGUUUGUGUUGUGGUAAGAUGUCGUUGGUGAGUUGUAUGUGUGGAUGAAUCCGAGUGAUUUGUUGUUCAUCAUGGUAUCCUUGUUAUUUACAUAUUGAUCUCAUGUGAAAAUUGCGUUUUUUUUCCCUCCCUUGUAUCCUUUGGCUUGUAGUAAAUGUUUUCCUUAAACCAUGACAAUACCAUAUCUAACCUUUAAUGGAACAGUCAAAGAUUUGUUCCCCCACAGCAAAUAAAUAGCUAAUUAUAAUUAUUGUUGUAACGACUACAAGUUGUAUAUGCUUUGAAAAAUCUUUUAUUUUAUGCUUCUGAAUUCUGAACAACUUCGUUCAAAAGUUUUUAAAAAUAUUUUAUGUAAACUUUUUUAAAAACUAUUUCAUAUUUCUUGUGGGUUUUUAAUAAUUUUUGGGAAAAUCCAAUUUAUAAAAAAAAACAAAAAAAAAACAAACAUUUAUUUAUUAAUAUUAGUUGAUUCUUAUUUUUUUUACAUUUGUAUUUUUUAUGGAUUAAUUGAUGAGUUCAAAAACAAAUGUUGAAGUGCUUGAAUCAUAACAGAUAUUUUCUUUGAAAAAACACAAGCAUCGAUAUCAUAAGAAUAGACCUGUGUAUUUGUGUGAAUAUUUAUAUUUUUUUUAAAAAUCAAAUUUACUUUUAAGGUUGUUGAAUAUUCAUUAGGAACCUUACUAAAGAAGCUUUCUGUGAUCUUACCAUUGUAACAACCUAGUUUUUAUACAAAUGUUCAGAGGUGGUCCUUAUAUAAGGCCUUAGCAUUCCCCCAGAUCCCAUUUUUUUUUUUUAAAGUUAGUUGUAAAAUGUGAUCCACUGUACCUGACUAUUGAAAUUGGGACUUAAUUCAUACAGAUGGUUUACAUGAGAAGAGAAACUGUCAUUUGGAGUAGAAAAUUUUUUAAUAUUUUUGUUUUCUAACCUUUUCAAUAUAGUUCAUUGGUUUAGAAAUGAAUACAGUUAUACAGUUGGAUACAGCCUGAAACUAAGACUUGAACAAGGAACUGGAUCAGUGAUAUGAGAUAAGGAAAAAUGGAGGCAAUCUCAUGUCGUUAUUGACUCAAUGAUCAGAUGGCUCAUUGUAAGCAACUUGAAGGCCAGAUGGGUUCUAUAGAGUUCUUAAUCAAAGAAGAGGAUUUGCAAAGAGUUGAUACAGCACAAGUGAAAUCAUUGUGGACAUGUCAAAACUGAGUUUUACAGUGUUGUCAAACAAUGAUUAGGCAAAAUGCUUGUACUUCUUUUCUCUUUGAUCAGGAAGAUCUUGGGUGCCAAUGAUGGUCAGUUUGCAAGUGUGUGCACAUGGCACUCUGACUACAGCCUAAGAAUUACUGUACUAGAGAAAAGAAAUGUUUGUACAUGUCACUCUGACCGCAGCCUAAGAAUUACUGUGUCACUCUGACCGCAGCCUAAGAAUUACUGUGUCACUCUGACUGCAGCCUAAGAAUUACUGUGUACUAAAGCAAAGAUAGUUACGGUUGUCACCUCCGCAAUAUUUCAUGACACUCUUGUAAUGCCAAUAUAUUACUAAAAGUAGAAAUGAGCUUUGCCGGCUAUGAUCACUCAGGUCAAAGGACAAUCACUUUGUCCUUAUACUUGUCUCUUACCAUAUUUGAAUGAUUUCAGUUUAAAGUUUUGUUUAAAAUGUAUCUAUUUGUUCUUAAACUAAAACUGUCAUUGCAAGUUCUAUCUUAGUAGCAUUAAGUAGGUCUGGCAUUCAUUAGGUCUGGCAGACAUUCUUUUAUCUCUGUUUCUAUUUUCAUCACUUUCUGUUUUGUGUGUCAAAUUUAGCACUGAAAUUGUUUCAAUCUUUAAUCAAAACAAAAUGGUUAUAUUUGGCAGAAAAAUUAAAUUUUUGUAAAAAAUUUUUUUAAAAAUGGGCCUGAUCCCCCCCCCUUUUUUUUUUUCCUUUCCCCCCCCCCCCCCCCCCCCCCAUAUAAUAAAUUUAGAAAGACUUUAGCCAUAUACCAAUUUCCCUUUUAAACUUUCUCUUGCUGUUUCGGUUAAAAGGGAAUGAUGGCCUUGAAAACCAGUUAACGCCCAAGCUAGACAAAGGGGUCACCCUAAAGAAUGUAGUCAUUUUCAUCUAGAAAUGUGAUACAUAUUAAAGCUUAAAGUGACAUUGAUAGUGUGAGGAAAAUGUGAUUUUCUUUUGUCAUACUAAAUUUCCUUGUAUAAGAUUUCCCAAAUUUCUCAUUUUACACUUUUACCCAUGCUCCUGUAAAUUAUGUAGAUAGUGUUCCACAAAUGAUACUUUUACUUUUACCACUUUUUGUAGUUAAAACUUUUAAACAGCACACUGAAAUAUAUAAAAAUAAAUUAUUACUAUUACACAUUCAAUCAUUAUCUCCCUCUCUCUUUAUAAAAUAUAUUUAUAUAUAUAUCUAAAAACAUUUUUGCUAUAACUUGAGC